AACAAAACAAAGGAAAAAAAGAAAAAGAAAAAACUCAACCAGAAGAGAACGGCAUAGGAAAAGAAGCCCCGCGCACUUUAGCAAAGCUCAAGCUCCCUCGUAGCCGGCUCACGUUAGCAUCGACCCAUGGACAACUCCACCUAUGCCCCGGCUUCCCUCUCCUCUUCACCUUAUCUCUCUCCCCCGUCACCCCUCUUUCUAUAUCUCUUUCUCUCUCUAGGGUUAGGGAUAACUCUUCAUCUCCUCCACCGCCUCUCUCGAAGCCCGCCUCAAAAGAAAAAAGCUUCCCUUUCUGAAUUAAACCUUUCUCCUCCAAUGCCCGUCGCAAAAUCGUGGCUCCAUCGUUGUGCUGACUGUAACAGAGCUCAUGGACUCCAAGAAGAAGCACUUUUAUGCGAACCUCUUCAAUCUUGAGGUGUAGCAACAGGGGAGCGUGUAAACGGAAUAAUGUUGGACAGGGUAUCCAAGAAAAAAAGACGGAGUACUUAUAGCAGUGACGAGGAAGAAACUGGUAGUUAUAGUCCGUUUAUUUCGGAGGAACAUUAUCGAGCAAUGCUUGGAGAUCAUAUCCAGAAGUAUAAGAGGAGGACAAAUUAUUCCUCUCAAAGUCCUGCCACCACAAGAACUGGAACUACAGGAAUGAAAAAUAGUGUAAACCUGAAAGAUCAGAACUUAGUGAAUAACAACAGAGGUGGACUGCAAAAGCUUGAGUCAACUUCGGAUUUUCCCAGCAGUGGUAAUUCCAAAAAACUUGGAAAUUAUCCAGAAACUGAUUUUGGGCUGCAUUAUGCUGCUGCCAGGCCGAAUCUGGAACCCUCCUUUCUGGAUAUUGGUGAUGGCAUCACGUACAGAAUCCCUCUUCCAUAUGAAAAGCUGUCAUCAUCCCUGAAUUUACCGAGUAUGUCAGAUAUAUGGGUGGAGGAUUUUUACUUGACGGGUACCCUCGACUUGGGGUCUUUAGCUGCAAUGAUGGCCUGUGAUAGCAAAUUUAGGCAGAGGAGUAGCUCAGGAGUGGGUGAACCCAAACCCCAGUAUGAGUCUCUUCAAGCAAGACUGAAAGCACAUCAAGCCAAUAACUCUGCAGAUAAUUUCGGCUUAAAAAUAAGUGAAGCCGAAUUAAGAUCUAAUGGCAUCCCAGAGGGAGCUGCUGGAGGUAUCAGGCGGUCUAUUUUGUCUGAGGGUGGUGUUUUGCAAGUUUAUUACGUGAAAGUUCUGGAAAAAGGGGAUACAUAUGAGAUUAUUGAACGUAGUUUGCCUAAAUAUCCGAAGUUGAUGAAAGACCCUUCCAUCAUAGAGAGGGAAGAAAUGGAAAAGAUUGGUAAAUAUUGGGUUAAUAUAGCAAGAAGAGAAAUUCCAAAACACCACAGGAUUUUCACCAGCUUUCACAGGAAGCAAUUUAUCGAUGCGAAAAGGGUUUCGGAAACCUGUCAAAGAGAGGUUAAAAUGAAGGUCAGUAGAUCACUAAAAUUAAUGAGGGGAGCUGCAAUCCGGACAAGGAGAAUGGCUAGAGACAUGCUAGUUCUUUGGAAGAGAAUUGACAAGGAGAUGGCGGAAGUGAGGAAAAGAGAGGAAAAAGAAGCCGCUGAAGCUUUAAAACGAGAACAAGAACUCCGUGAAGCGAAGAGGCAGCAGCAGAGGCUUAAUUUUCUGUUAUCACAAACGGAACUUUAUAGUCACUUCAUGCAGAAUAAGACCUCACAACCCUCUGAGUUGGGUGAGGAAAAAACUCAUGACCAAGAAGAUCGGGCAGAGGAGGAAGAUGAUCCUGAAGAUGCUGAACUACGAAAGGAAGCUCUCAGGGCGGCUCAAGAUGCAGUUUCGAAGCAGAAAAUGAUGCUGAGUGCAUUUGAUAAUGAAUGCUUAAAGCUACGUAUUGCUUCGGAUGCCGACGCCUCUCUUCAAGAUGGCUCAGCUGCUGAGUCUAGCAACAUUGAUCUAUUGCAUCCGUCUACCAUGCCUGUGGGAUCAACAGUACAGACACCCGAAUUGUUCAAGGGUUCCCUCAAAGAAUAUCAGUUGAAAGGACUCCAAUGGCUUGUAAACUGUUAUGAGCAGGGCCUAAAUGGUAUUCUUGCUGAUGAGAUGGGUCUGGGAAAGACUAUUCAAGCCAUGGCAUUCCUGGCACAUUUAGCCGAGGAGAAAAAUAUAUGGGGCCCUUUUCUGGUUGUUGCUCCUGCUUCUGUCUUAAAUAACUGGGCAGAUGAGAUAAGUCGUUUUUGCCCUGAUUUAAAAACUCUUCCAUAUUGGGGAGGUCUUCAGGAGCGUACUGUUCUUAGAAAGAACAUCAACCCAAAGCGUCUUUAUCGAAGGGAGGCUGGAUUUCACAUUCUUAUCACCAGUUAUCAGCUGCUCGUUUCUGAUGAGAAGUACUUCCGGCGUGUAAAGUGGCAAUACAUGGUACUGGAUGAGGCUCAGGCGAUUAAAAGUUCCAACAGUAUAAGAUGGAAAACACUGCUCAGUUUCAACUGUCGAAAUCGGUUGCUUCUGACCGGUACUCCAAUUCAAAAUAACAUGGCUGAGCUCUGGGCCCUGCUACAUUUUAUUAUGCCAACUUUAUUUGAUAGCCAUGAACAGUUCAACGAGUGGUUUUCAAAAGGAAUUGAGAGUCAUGCCGAGCAUGGUGGGACGUUGAAUGAGCACCAGCUUAAUCGAUUGCAUGCCAUUUUGAAACCUUUCAUGCUGAGACGGGUUAAGAAGGACGUGAUAACCGAGCUGACAGGAAAAACUGAGAUUAUGGUGCACUGCAAACUAAGCUCUCGCCAGCAAGCUUUUUAUCAAGCUAUAAAGAACAAGAUAUCUCUUGCUGAGUUGUUUGACGGAAACCGCGGACAUCUUAAUGAGAAAAAAAUUCUCAAUCUGAUGAACAUCGUCAUCCAGCUGAGGAAGGUAUGCAAUCAUCCAGAACUAUUUGAGAGAAAUGAAGGAAGCUCAUAUUUCCACUUUGGAGAAAUUCCAAAUUCUCUUCUUCCACCUCCUUUCGGUGAAUUGGAGGACAUUUUCUAUUCUGGUGGUAGAAAUCCUAUUACAUACGAGAUACCGAAACUGGUCUACCAAGAAGUUAUCGAGGAUUCCAGGUUUCACUAUUCAGAAGCUGAUCAGAGGUUAAGCAGAGACUCACUGAAUAAGUUGUUCAACAUAUUCUCCCCAGAAAAUAUUUACAAGUCUUCACUUCAGCAAGACCACAUUUUGGAUGGUAAUUCUGGACAAAGUGGUACAUUCGGAUUCUCCCGGUUUAUUGAUUUAUCACCAUCAGAGGUUUCGUUCUUGGCAAAUAGGACUUUUAUGGAGAGGGUAUUGUUUUUGGUUACAAGGUCUGAUCUCCAGUUUACUGAUGAAAUAUUGGAUCUUUUGAUGGAGAGCAAAGAUGAUGAUAUCCAAUGUGCUCGUAUUGGAAAGGAAAAAGUUAGGGCAAUCACACGAAUGCUUCUACUGCCAAGCAAGUCCCAGUCAGAUUUAUUAAGAAAUAAGCUCCCAACGGGUCCCACAGAUUCUCCAUUUGAGGCUCUAAUCAUGUCUUAUCAGGAUAGGCUUCUGUCCGAUGUCAAUCUUUUGCACUCAAUAUAUUCUUUCAUCCCAACAACUCGAGCACCUCCAAUAAAUCUUCACUGUUCCGAUAGAAACUUUGCCUACAAGAUGACCGAGGAGUGGCAUAAUCCCUGGCUCAAGAGGUUGUUAGUUGGAUUUGCCCGUACAUCCGAUUGUAAUGGCCCGAGAAAGCCAGUCGCUACCCAUCAUUUAAUACAAGAGAUUGAUGCCGAGUUACCAGUUUCACAACCGGCUCUUCAGCUUACGUAUAAGAUCUUCGGUUCUUGUCCGCCCAUGCAACCGUUUGACCCUGCGAAGAUGCUUACGGACUCAGGGAAGCUUCAAACUCUUGACAUACUGCUAAAACGAUUACGUGCGGAGAAUCACCGUGUACUUCUUUUUGCGCAAAUGACGAAAAUGUUGAAUAUCCUCGAGGAUUAUAUGAAUUACAGGAAGUAUCGUUACCUGAGGCUCGAUGGGUCGUCCACAAUAAUGGAUCGUCGGGACAUGGUGAAAGAUUUCCAGCACCGGAGUGAUAUCUUUGUGUUCUUGUUGAGCACGAGAGCUGGCGGGCUUGGAAUCAACUUGACUGCUGCUGACACUGUUAUAUUUUAUGAAAGCGACUGGAAUCCAACCUUGGAUUUGCAGGCCAUGGACAGAGCUCAUCGUCUCGGUCAAACUAAAGAUGUAACUGUGUACCGAUUGAUAUGUAAAGAGACGGUGGAGGAGAAAAUUUUGCAGAGAGCAAGCCAGAAGAACACUGUGCAGCAGCUUGUCAUGACUGGCGGACAUGUUCAGGGCGAUCUUUUGGCUCCGGAAGAUGUCGUGUCAUUAUUGAUUGACGAUGCUCAGUUGGAACAGAAACUAAAAGAAGUUUCGCAACAGGCGAAAGAUAGACAGAAAAGAAAAGCCAGUUCGAAGGGCAUACGUAUUGAUGCCGAAGGAGGCGCAUCAUUGGAGGAUUUCGCAAACCCUGAAUUACAAGGCGGUAAUGAAACCGAGCUUCUUGAUAACGAGAAAGCGAAAUCGAGCAGCAAAAAGAGGAAAACUGCCACCGAAAAGCAAACGCAGCCAAAACCAAAGCCUCAAAAGGGCUCCAAACAGUCAGACCAUAACCCAACAAUAAUGGACUUCGAGCUAGACGAGACUGCUCCAAACGCCGAUACCACUACUACAGUACAGCAAAGACCAAAAAGACUAAAAAGACCAACGAAGAGUGUGAACGAAAAUAUUGAGCCUGCUUUCACAGCCUCUCCUAGCAUUCUUCACGGGCCAAUGUAGCCACAAAAUGAAAUCAAAAGGAAAAUUUGGAACGUGAAAAAUGAUGCUCGAAUAUAUUAGCCAAUAAUGGCUUAAAGCUGUGCUGUGUUGCAAAACCAGAGCUGGAAAUUGUAUAGUGGUGUUGUACAGAGCUGCUUGAUUUAUUCUGGCCACUGCACGGCAAAGGGAAAUAUAGCGUGUGACGAAUCAGACUGUAUAUAGGAGGAGAAUAAUUUUCCGAGUAUCGGACCUCAUUUUGACGAACAUUCAAGCCGACUUUUUUCGUGUAAUUCUGUAGGUGCUUCGAGCAGGAAACUGUGUUACUGAUGAUGCUUUUUUUUUUUUUUGNAAAUUACUGAAAUUU